UCACAUGUGUGUUCCCAAUUACACUCUGACUGCUUGUCCCACUGUCUGCUUCCACAAACAGCAUUAAAAACGAGAAAUAUCCUCUCCUGAGAUAGUGUGAGACAUGACUUUGAUGACGGAGGUCAUAGUUCUUUUAUGCAUAAUUAGUCUAAGCACAGCUGCAGGACUUUACAGAUAGACAAACCGUUCACACGACAACCACACCUAAACACACACACACACACACACACACACACACACACACACACACACACACUUCUUUGUGUUUUGCCAUGCAGACUUGACAGUGAUCUCCCUGCACAUGUGUGAAGCAGCGUCUUCAGUUACUCUGCCUGCCUCUGCACACACAUUAGUUUGAAAGGUUAUUUUGGGCUGCACAAGCACCCUCUGCUUCCAGUAAAAUAAUAGGAGGAGUCAAUCUCUUGCCUUUCCAUUCUGCUCCUCCGUACCAUUCCUCAUGUCAGCUGACAGGGGAUUUCCCUCUAAAUAACAAGUUCCCCUUUGCUGUCUGUGCUGCAGCAUUAAGUUAGACCUUUAUUUUGAAACAAUGGACAACAGCCCUCUGCAGGUCUUGACUGUCCCUACAGCCCCCUACCCAGACCAGCGACCCAGCACCAACGGCCUGAGGAAAAAGGUCUAUGUGUUCCAGUCCAGGAGGAACUACCUGCACAACUUCAUCCAGAGUAUCUUCUCUUCCAUUGACCUGCGCGAUCGCCAGGGUUCAACCAUGGUGGUGGGGGGAGACGGACGCUUCUUCAAUCGAACUGCUACUCAGGUCAUUGUGCAGAUGGCAGCUGCCAAUGGGGUGGGUCGUCUGAUCAUUGGACACCACGGGAUAAUGUCCACGCCAGCCGUCUCCUGUAUGAUCAGGAAAUGCAAAGCCAUCGGAGGCAUCAUUCUCACUGCCAGCCCCAAUCCCGGUGGACCUGAUGGAGACUUUGGCAUUAAGUUUAAUACUGCAAAUGGAGGCCCAGCCAACGACGCAGUCACAAACAAGAUCUUUCAGAUCAGCAGGACCAUUGAGGAGUUUGCCAUCUGCCCUGGACUACAAGUGGAUCUGACAACCAUGGGAAAACAGACCUUUGACCUGGAGAACAAGUUCAAGCCAUUCACAGUGGAAAUCGUAGACUCUGUGGAGUCCUACGCUAACAUGCUGAGGAACAUCUUUGACUUUGCUGCUCUGAAGCAGCUUCUGUCUGGCAAGAACCACUUCAAGAUAAGACUGGAUGCCUUGCACGGAGCGGUAGGACCCUACGUGAGGAGAAUACUGUGUGAUGAGUUGGGUUGUCCUGCCAGUUCUGCCAUUAACUGUGUCCCUAAGGAGGAUUUUGGGGGUCAACACCCAGAUCCUAACCCCAUAUACGCUACAGAUCUGGUUGACAGCAUGCGAGACGGACAGUAUGAUUUUGGUGCAGCAUUUGAUGCCGAUGGGGACCAGAACAUGAUCCUUGGUAAACAUGGCUUCUUCGUCACCCCAUCUGACUCCGUGGCUGUGAUUGCUGACAACAUUUUUUGCAUCCCGUACUUUCAGCAUGCAGGGGUGAGAGGUUUUGCUCGUACUAUGCCCACAAGUGCGGCAUUAGACAGAGUAGCCAAGGCAACGAAAAUCGAGCUAUAUGAAACUCCCACUGCCUGGAAGUUCUUUGGGAACCUAAUGGAUGCAGGCAUGCUGUCUUUGUGUGGAGAGGAAAGCUUUGGUACAGGAGGAGACCAUAUUCGUGAGAAGGAUGGGCUUUGGGCUGUGCUGGCAUGGCUGUCUAUCCUGGCCACCAGAAAGAAGAGUGUGGAAGAUUUAGUUAAGGACCACUGGCUAAAAUAUGGAAGAAACUACUUCACCAGGUAUGACUACGAGAAUGUAGACAUAGAUGCAGCAUGUGAAAUGAUGGAGGAUUUGGAGAUCACGAUCACCGACAAGACCUUUGUGAGGCAAAGAUUUGCUGUGGAAGACAAAAUCUACCAGGUGGAGAAAGCAGACAGCUUUGAGUAUGCAGACCCGGUAGACGGCACCAUUUCCAGGAAUCAGGGGCUGCGGAUAAUCUUCUCUGAUGGUUCUCGAAUCAUCUACAGACUCAGUGGGACCAGUUUUGAUGGGGCAACAGUUCAAAUCUAUCUCGACAGCUACGAGAAAGAACACAUUUUUGGGGAUGCACAGGUGAUGCUGGCACCCCUUGCCACUAUCGCUCUAAAGAUUUCUCAGCUUCAUCACAGGACAGGUCGAACUGGUCCGUCUGUCAUUAUAUGAUUCCUUAUCAAUUGACAAAAUAACGCUCUUUUUUAAGUUUUUCCAUCCUGUUUUUUUUUUUUGUGUGUUUGUUUUUGUUUUUUAUAAAGGAAGUCUCAAAUCCAGUUGUAGCUACAUAUGAUGCAAAAGUGUGCACUUGAAUGAAAUUAAAUGUAAUAUAUUAAAUGGCUUUUUUGUUUUUGGUUCGGUUGUGGCAUGCUUUGGUGCUUUUUUAUGGCAGAUGAUAUUACAUCUACUUUAGUUUGUUUCAAUUUUGCUUUUGUUAACUGUCAUUUUCAUUCUCACCAGUGAGGCCCUGGCUAAAAUCUGUAAGAUUACAGGAAGGUCAGCGUUUUUAGCGAAACAAAUUGAACCUAUUUGAGCAUAAUGUUUUCAUAAAGCGACUUGAAAGCAGCACUUUCACUUCCUCAGUGAAACUCUUUGAAAAACAGCAUCAGCGCUGUCUCUUUUUAAAAAUCUUUUUCUUUUUGUACCAGUUACUACUGAAGACUACUUGACAUGUGAAGUUGAGAAAAUUAAAACAUGACAGUUUUGUGAGUGAAAUAACUUCUCGUGCAGCAGGUGCUCAGUUUAAAAAGAAGGAACGGGCUGUUUCCUGUCGUUAAUCCUCUAAAACCGUCAUUUGUAUCAUGCGUACCCCUUAAUUUAGGGAAAAUGAAAUCUCAUCAGCGAAUAAUAACCUGAAAUUGAAGUUGAGUGCGUGGGUGGGUGCUUGAGAGUGAGUGACGGCUUUCCAGCUCAAAAAGCAACAAGUCAGCAUUUAAAGAUUGCUCCCUAGAAAACAUCUUUUAAAGAUCUUUUAGUUUCACUGUGACAAGGGUCCUCUUUUUCUUUUCUUUUUUUCUUCUUUUACUUCACUAUCUGUAAGUACAACUUAUGCUGCUACCUUUUUAGUACACCAACAAAGCAACAACAACAAAGGAAACUUUUAAACUGCAAGAAAAUAUUUUUUUAAAUAGCUUAUCCAUAUCAGGUGAGUGCACCACAUAAUUUCCAUCUGGACGGCAACAGCACGAGUCCACAAACAUCUGCCCCAGCUCUGUGAUCACUCAUGCCCUUUGAAGUACUGUCCCUUUCUUCUGGUUUCAUCUCCAUAAUGCACUGAACCUGAAGGGGAACAACAACACAGCAAGGGGAAGGCCAGCUGUGGUUCAUCUCAGGCCCGCCGUGGUGUGAGUUUUGGUUCCACUAAAAAUUUCAGCCCAAGAUUGCACAAGUUUACAUGCAUAGUUACUUAGUCAUCAGGAUCUGUCCAUCAGUAACACAAUAUUAUAUUACAGACUGCAAAUAGAAGAGGAAGUUAACUAAGGAGGACACAAAAGUCAGGUAUUUAUGAAUGAUAAACCUAAUGUCAGUAAACAAAAUCAAAACCUAUUUACAUGCAUAGUAUAAAGAUGCCUAAGAAGCACUAAGAAGUAUUUUCAUGCCUUUUCUAGGUAAGUAAAUCCAUAACAUGGUAUUAUAUUCAAGGGUGUGUCUGGGGGUCUAAAUAUAUUGGUUCCUCUGGUGUCUCCACACCAACACUAUUGUAAUCUGUAAAUCUAGUAAUGCCCACCAUCAUUGGAUGUGAGCAUGUAUAGGGCCAGAGUACAGAACCUGUACCCGGAUAUAUUAUUUGUAAAUAUAGUGCCUUCAUAGUUUCAUAUUGUUCUUGCAUAUUUUAAAGGAUGAAUCUAAUAUAUGCUGAACUGGACUCCAUUGGGGUAACAGCACUGGGCAGCUUGAUUGGCAUGCCCCCAGAGAACACCAGAACUGACUGGUCUGCCACUGGCUCCCUGUUCGCGUCACAGAUGAUGUUACAAGCAUUGUGAGGUUUGUCCUGCCAUCUCCAGACUCUUUCACACCUGUCACAUGUGCUCAGCAUGAACCUGCUCUCAUUUGGGUGACAAUGAUGGACCUGGCAGAUCUGUUGUUCUCAGGCAAAGACCGGCUGCAUGGUGCUGAGCUGUGAACACAGGUCCCACUAAAGGAUGCUGGGGCCUCAUACUGUGCUCAUGGAGUCUGUUUUUGACAGUUUGGUCAGAAACAUGCACAUGAGUAGCCCGCUGCAGGUCAUUUUAUAAGGCUCUGGCAGUGCUCCUCCUGUUUUUCCUCACGCAAAGGAGCAGAAACCAGUCCUGCUGAUGAGUUUAUGCCAUUAUACGGGCCUAUCCAAGUCUCCUUGUGUCACAGCAUGGCAUCUUAUCCACACACUCUGUUGGGAGACAUAGCAAACCGACUUGCAAAAGCACCUACAGACAGGUCAAGGUCAAGGUAACAGUGACAAGAACACAGAUUAAAAAGCAAAACUACAGAAAAAUCAGUCAGAAGGGAAGAGGGCGGGGCUGCGGUCUUUGGCCACUACCUGCAAAACCAGUCCCUUUUUGCUGGGAUUGCUUUCUUAUUGCCUCACUAGUGUACCUGCACAAACAAAGGGGGAAUGGACUCAGUGCUUUAUAACGUUUUUAGCUUUUUUUUUCUUGUACUGUGAUGAUCACAUGUUCCCUUAUUUAUUUUUUUUCAAGCAGUGUAUUAUACUAUAUUAUUGUGGAUAAAACUCCCCAGCUGUAAGAUUAUAGUGAUAUAUGCCAUAAUAAAUCAGUCAUUAGGAUCCAGCAGUAUAUUUUAUAUAAUUCUGAAUAAUGUUUAACUACAUUAUAAUACUGAAACUUUAGUUCUAUUACUUAAGUAGGGUCAUGAAUUUUACUCAAGUAAUAGUAGUUGUUAUU